AUGCUCGCUACCCUCCUUCUGGCCGUUUCCGCGAUCCCCUUGCCUGCCACCGGCGUCGCGUCUGCCCUCGCCCAGGCCCAGGCCGCCCAACAUGAGGCGCCCAUGAUCCGGGACUACCUGUGUGCCGGCGGCCAGUAUGCCGAGAACGCCGCGGGAGAGCAUAUCUUCCAAGACCAGAUCUACGUCGAACACCUGCGCCCCGUGCAUGGUGCUACCCAAGACCACCCCAUCGUCUUCCUACACGGCUCGGCACAGACAGCAACGAACUGGCUCAACAAGCCCGAUGGCGGUCGAGGUUGGGCCUCCCGCUUCGUCGAGCUGGGUUACGAGCUCUUCCUCGUCGACCAGCCCUCAAGGGGCCGCUCGACAUGGCAGCCAGCCACCGGCCCUGGCUUGGAACCACCGUUUGCGGCUGAGAACCUGCAGCAGCGAUUUACCGCCAGUGAGAAGUACAACCUGUGGCCACAGGCAGGCCUGCAUACGCAGUGGAACGGUACAGGUUUGAUGGGAGACCCCGUCUUCGAUCGGUUUUACGCAUCCCAGGUGCAGUACACUGCAAACCUGACGUUUCAGCAACACAAGACCCAAGCUGCUGGUGCCGCCCUGCUCGACCAAAUCGGAAAGCCUGUUAUCCUCGUGGGUCAUAGUUCGGGGGGUCAGCUGCCGAUGGUCAUUGCAGACGCACGCCCAGGUCUCACGGCAGGCCUGAUCCUCCUCGAGCCAUCUGGGCCGCCCUUCACCAACGCCGGCGUGCAGGGCAGCUCUCCGGCUCGCGCCUGGGGGGUUACGGACAUCCCUCUCAACUAUGAUCCGCCAGUAGACGACCCUGCCGCCGACCUGGUCAGGAAGAUCGUCCCGGCGCCAGACGAGGAUCACGUCGACUGCACCCUGCAGGCCGAUAGUCCUGCACCGCGCAGGUUGGCCAACCUGGCUGAUAAGCCCAUAUUGGUGGUGACGGCAGAGUCGUCAUUUCAUGCACAAUACGACUACUGCACCGUCGACUAUCUCCGGCAGGCAGGGUGCGCUUCUUUGGAAUACGUCGAGCUGGGCAAGGCCGGGGUUCACGGCAAUGGGCACAUGAUGUUUCUAGAGAAGAAUAGCGACGCCAUCCAGGACAUUUUGGAGGAUUGGAUUGCGCAGCUGAAUUAA